GAGCAGGGCCCCUCCGUUACGGAGAAGGAGAAGUCCUUUCGCCCAGCUGGCUUCUUCAGCGAGACGAAAUACGAGGAGCUGCCGAUCUGCGAGCCCUUGAGAAAGGCGUUGAAGGAGGCCAAAUUCGAGACCCUCACCGAGAUCCAGCACAAGGCAAUCCCGCACCUGCUGGCCGGCAAGGACGUACUAGCGGCAGCGAAGACCGGCAGCGGCAAGACGCUCGCCUUUCUGGUACCUGCGAUAGACUUGCUGUACAAUGUGAAGUUUUUGCCCAGGAACGGUACCGGGGCCCUGGUGAUCUCGCCCACGCGGGAGCUGGCCCAGCAGAUUUACGACGUGCUGCGGAACAUCUCCACUUAUGCAGUUGCUGUCGCGAGUCUGUCCGUACCCUUCUGUGCACAGCUGCGCGCUUAG